GCUGCAUCAGUUAUUUGAUCAAAAGGGCAUGAACAUGCUCGGCGCACAAGGUAAUCCUUGUGAAGCAGCACCCUCCAGAGUAUAUCUUGUGCAGCUGCUUCUUCUCUACUUGCUUUCACUAUUCUUCAUGGGUUCUCCCCAAUCCGAUCCUGCCAAAUGCCCCGGUAGCUCAGUUGCCAUCCCAUACCCUUUCACCAUCUCCGACAACUCGAGCAUAGUGAGAAUUCUAGGCUUCGCCAUAUUGUGCGAACCAGCAGGGCCGAUGCUGUGGCUCGGAAGUAAGCUGUACACAGUCCUGAACAUCUCACUGGACCAGGGCUACUUACGUGUGACCGGCGACACCGUGUACUCCCAGUGCCAGCAGAACAACGGCCUGGUGACCACAAACUUCCUCAACCUUGUGGGCACCCCUUUCACCUUCUCCCACACACUCAACAAGUUCACCGUCGUUGGCUGUGACGCCAUGGCGAUGAUCCGAAGCGGGUACAGUUACCGCGGAGGGUGCGUGUCGUUCUGCGCCUCCGAGGGGAGCAUCACAACUGGUGCGUGCUCCGGUGUGGGCUGCUGCCAAGCUUCCGUGCCGGAGGAGCUCAAGGCGCUGGACUUGGAGGUCACCAGCAUACGGAGCCAGCUCCAGCAGUCCCCCUCCGGAUCUUGGAGCAACAUCAGUAGAAACAAUACCAGCGCUUGGUGCACCAAGGCGUUCAUUGCGGACCAAGGUUCGUACGUCUUCUCUAGAGGUGACUUGGACCGAAACCUGACGAACCUGCCCAUGGUGCUCGACUGGUCCAUAUACGGUGGCAGAUGCUCCGACGCGCGCCGCGCCCCGCAGACCUACAUGUGCAAGGAGAACACAGAGUGUUACACGGUGGCGAAUAACACCGGGUACCGCUGCAAUUGUUCGGAAGGUUUCCGUGGGAACCCUUAUUUGCAGGGGCUUGAUGGAUGCCAAGAUAUUGACGAAUGCAAAGAUGAGAUGGAGUACCCCUGCACGCACAAGUGCAUCAACACAGUUGGUGGUUUUAACUGUGUAUGCUCGAUGGGCACGACGGGGGAUGGUAAGAAGCAUGGCAAUGGGUGCAGGAGAGAUACAAAACUACUGAUUACAGCAGGUGGAGGCCUACCUUUGCUGCUUGUUCUCCUCAUGCUCGGAUUCUGGACCCACUGGCUUGUUAAGAAGAGAAAGCUUGCCAAGACAAGACAGAGAUACUUUCUGCAGAAUGGUGGCAUGCUCCUGAAGCAGCACAUGUUCCCUCAGAGGGAGCCAUUGAGGAUAUUCACAUCUGGUGAGCUUGAAAAGGCAACCGACAGAUUCAGUGAUGACAACAUAGCUGGUAGAGGUGGAUUUGGGACGGUCUACAAAGGCGUACUAUGCGAUCAAAUGGUCGUGGCGAUCAAGAAGGCGCAGCGGGUUGAUGAGAGCCAGGUGGAGCAAUUCGUCAACGAGGUGCUCAUUCUCUCGCAAGUGAACCACAAGAAUGUGGUCCAGCUAAUAGGUGUUUGUCUCGAGUCAGAAGUUCCCCUGUUGGUGUAUGAGUUCAUCACCAACGGGGCCCUUUUCCACCAUCUUCACAAUACUUCGGUCCGGAUGCCAUGGGAGGACCGCCUGAGGAUUGCAUUUGAAACUGCCACAGCACUUGCAUACUUGCACAUGGCUACGAAGCCGCCAAUCAUUCACAGAGAUGUCAAGUCAUCCAAUAUACUCCUUGACGAGAGCUUCACUGCAAAGGUAUCGGAUUUCGGGUCUUCGAGGCCAAUGCCGCAUCACCAGACCCAUGUGACCACCUUAGUGCACGGGACAAUGGGGUAUAUGGACCCUGAGUACUUCCAGACAAGCCAACUGACCGAGAGAAGCGAUGUUUACAGCUUCGGGGUAGUACUUAUCGAGCUAUUGACAAGGGAGAAACCAAUAUUUUGCAGCAGGUUGGACGAGGUGAGAAGCCUAGCGUUGCAUUUCAGUACAUUAUUCCACGAGAAUCGGUUGAUGCAAAUUGUGGAUCAUCAAGUAGCCGAAGAAGCUGGAGCUAGUCAUGUUAAAACUGUUGCCCAGUUGGCUUUGCGAUGCUUAAGGCUGAAAGGCGAAGAGAGGCCAAGGAUGAUAGAGGUUGCUGACGAACUUGAAGCACUGAGAAGGCAAAUUAAACAACACUCGGUAGUUGAUCCCGAAGAGUGAACAAGACUGCUCUGUGGCAGACCUGCUAGACUGCAAGAGUGUGGGAAAAAGAGCCUCUGCUUCGGAGUCUAGGUGCCACGAGUACAAAGCCAAGGUUAAUACCAUGGGUACUAUUCUGCUGCCAUCCAGCGAUCUCUCAUGUUAGCUCUGUCGGCAAUAAUGGGAAUUGUUGAACUAAGCUAGUUGAUGUAGUGUUAAUUCUUUCUAUUUGCAUACAAUGGCACUUUGCUGUUCUAAGAAACGUGACAUGUUUUGUACAGCGUCAUUGUCUGGUAGAAUCCCCUCAACCCGCUCUUUAUUAAUAUACUAGACGAUGAUGACGUG